GAGCUCUAUAUCGCAUAUCAAACCACUUAAGUAUUUCAAUUAAAAUUUUCAGUCACACUUUAUUAUGGAUAUCCGAAUCAUAACAAAUCUAUUUUGUGUGACCCAGAUUCCAAUGUCAAUCUACAAGAUGUCAAACUAAUAUCUAAGUGAAUUAUGCCAAAAACCUGUCAAGUCAAUCAAAACUACCUACCAAAGUUUUUCACAUAUAAAAGAAAAAACAGACAUAUCAUCUAACGUCAACAUGACAGGUGUAACGUGUACUUUAUACCAAGAGAGGUUAGUGCAAAUUAAACCAUAAACACAAGGCUCGGCGAAACUUGAAAACUCAAAAACAAACUGAAAAAAAAAAAAAACAACCAAAAAGAAACAAGUAUAAAUGACGGUAUAGACUAGCAAUUACUUUCAGGUGACAAUUUAAUUUCCACACAACGACAUCAUAAGAUUCAACAAAUUAUGGAGUCCGCCAGUCGUCAGAGCCCGCAAAGGCAAACACGAUAGGGUGGUGAGAAAUAAGGGGGGCACCACAAGUUCCUCAGCGGCUGCGGCACUCUGUGUCGAAGCAUCAAACGAGUACAGAAAAUCUAGUCAGUAGGCAGCACCAGCAACCAGCAGCAGCCAGCAAUCAUAUCUCGCCUAAUAUUAGUUUUCCGUUUAAAUCAAUUCGAACGAGCGUGAAAUCCACCGCCAUGCGCCAUCCAUAGCAAUAUAACAGCCACUGUAUUUGUCGGUGCCGCAAGGGAGGAAGAUGCAAAUAUCAUCGACAACAACCACUUGUGUGUGUUUAAUUUUAUCCGUACUUAUCCUAAAUGCAAACAAUGUCGAAACACGUGCAAUGGCUGCCACUUCAUCGAAUACAACAACCACUACCACCAAUACAAACUCAACGAAACAUCGAUUAAUCAUUGGUACAAAUUCCAUAUUGCGGCAAGUUGAAGAAGCUCAAGUUAGCAACGACCACAACCGUUCGUUAAAAAAGGUAUUCCUAUCAAAUCGUACAGUCACAUGCAAUGAUGGCUCCCAAGCGGGAUUCUAUUUACGGAAAUCAGCCGGUUCAAAGAAAUGGGUUGUAUUCUUGGAAGGUGGUUGGCAUUGUUACGAUACGAAAUCAUGCAAAGCAAGAUGGAUGAAAUUACGACAUUUGAUGACUUCCUAUCAAUGGCCAGAAUUUAGAAAUGCUGGAGGUAUUUUGUCAGGUGUUCCAGAAGAGAAUCCCUAUUGGCAUAAUGCAAAUCAUGUUUUAGUGCCCUAUUGCAGUAGUGACUCAUGGUCGGGAACUAAAGCGCAAGCUGAUGAUGGUGAUAGUUGGCGUUUUAUGGGAUCACUUAUUAUUCGUCAAGUUAUUGCUGAUUUGAUUCCAUUGGGUUUGGGCAGAGGUUCAGUUUCAGAACUGCUUUUGGUGGGAUCAUCAGCUGGGGGAUUGGGGGUUAUGUUGAAUUUAGAUCGAAUCAACCAUUUUCUUCACCAUGAGAAGAAUUUGAAGGUCUUGGUCCGAGGAGUCAGUGAUUCCGGAUGGUUUUUGGAUAGAGAACCCUUUGCUCCAGCUGCAAUUGGUUCUAGCGAAGCUGUACGACAGGGUUGGAAACUGUGGGAGGGGCAGUUACCCGAGUCGUGUGUAAAGCAACACAAAGAGGAACCUUGGAGGUGUUAUUUCGGCUAUCGCCUCUAUCCAACUUUAGAAUCUCCUCUCUUCGUAUUUCAAUGGCUAUUCGAUGAGGCACAAAUGAGAGCUGAUAAUGUUGGGGCGCCAGUUACCCCUCAACAAUGGAAUUACAUUCAUGAAAUGGGUGGCGCCCUAAGGUCUUCCUUAGAAAAUGUAUCCGCAGUAUUUGCUCCGUCCUGUAUUGGACAUGCGGUACUUUCCAAACGUGAUUGGGUCAAUAUUAAGAUCGAUGAUGUUUCCCUGCCAAAAGCUCUGCGUUGUUGGGAACAAUCAACACGACGCAAGAGAAACAACAAACUUCGACGUGCUACCGAAACAAGUAUUAUCUCAUCGCCAGAGAAACGCAAGAAGCACAACCAAAGACACAAGCAUGCAGAAAAACAAGACAAAUCCCAAAGGAAUCAUCAUCGUUUGACCAAAGAGGAACGUGAACAACGCCGCCGACAUAACCAACAAAGACGACGCAAUAACCAAAACAAUAACAACAACAAGAACAAAAAUCCUAGACGAAUCAAAACAUCGACAAUGAAUCCGAAUCGAUUCGGAAAUAUUUCCGAAAAUGGAACUCAUACAAAUCGUUUGCAUAAGAAUCGAAGAAAAAACGACAAAGAUGGUGGACAUAGAAAUCCACAUCAUAAGAAAAAUAACGGUAAUGGUAAUGGCGGUAAUAAGAAACGACGACGAAAGGAACAAUUGCAAAAGGAACAACCUGCAAUUAUGCCAGUUGUCAAAAGUCAAAAAUCAAAUGAAGAUGGACCAAAACAGAAAUGCAGUUUGAGGUAUUUGGAACGUUGUAGUUGGCCACAAUGUAAUCAUUCUUGUCCGACUCUGACGAAUCCUGCAACGGGAGAGGAAAUGAGAUUUUUGGAAUUGUUGACAUCGUUCGGGUUGGAUAUUGAGACAGUGGCAACAGCUUUAGGAGUCGAUAUGCAAACUUUGAUCAAUAUGGAUCGAACAGAACUUGUUAAUCUUUUGACACAGCAAGUCAGUUGAAGUUAGGUAUAUAUAGGAAGAUAACGGUAAUUCAAUUUUGGAAAUGAAAUAAGAAUCUCGAUUAGGGGAGUUGUAGCACUGGACAUUAUUUUGACGUUUUGUAUAAAAGAGACAAAUGUAGAAAAGUUUUGUCUCAAAUUAUUAGUUUUUACCUGUCAAAGUUUCAUAGACAAGGAAAAACUGAAGUGUUGUCAAACAGUACUUGAAUAUAAUCUGUGGAUACAACUGUCAAACAGAAACAAAGAAAUGGGUGUGUUCAACAUUCAGACUGAAACUCCAAAAAUAGUAUUGCUUGUAGCUUUUUUGCUUAA